UUGAUAUUCUCCCCUACUAGACUCUGCUAGCAAGCUGUUGACUGAUAUUAUUUUUGAGUUCCAGGAAUCAACGGAGACGCUCAUAAAAUCUAGCUAACCAUUGUUUAGUUUACUAAAUUGACUAGCUAGCGACGCACAAUUUCAUUGUGAUAGGAAUUACAUAAGCAUUUGCAAGCUAGCUACAUUAGCCAGCAUAACAUGUAUGUCGUAGUGAAUUAUACACGAAGGUUACAGACCCUAGCAUUUAAUCUAGGGCCUUCGUGCUACCACCAAGGCGUCACAAGAGUUUCCAUAACGUCACAGGACCGAAAAUCCAAACAAAACUUCAGCUGCUUUCGUUGGACUCAUCUGAUAACUUUAGUACAUCAAUAUAGUACCCGAAUUAGCAACUCUAAGGUGCCCAGGGUAGCAACAUGGGAGCCUGUAUUGGAGAACCAGCUACCCCCACCUUGCCAAGUUCCCGUAGACCUUGUUGACAAAUUGGAGCGACUAGCCCUGGUGGACUUCCGCAACCAGGAGGGGCUGGCCUGUCUGGAGAAAGCCAUCCGAUUUGCAGAUCAGCUCCAUGUUGUUGACACAGAUGGGGUUGACCCGAUGGAUUCAGUUCUGGAGGAAAGGGCACUGUAUCUGAGGGAGGAUGCCGUGGCAGAGGGGGACUGUGCAGAGGAACUGCUCCAGCUCUCCAAAAACACAGUGGAGGAGUACUUUGUGGCACCGCCAGGUAACAUUCCACUCCCGAGAGAGAGGAGAGAGCUGCCAUGUUUAAGCACUCAGAGUUCUGAUUCAAAGAUAAUGACCCAAACACACCUCCAGGCUGUGUAAGGGCUAUUUGACCAAGGAGAGCAAUGAGUGCUGCAUCAGAUGACCCGACCUCAACCCAAUUGAGAUGGUUUGGACCGCAGAGUGAAGGAAAAGCAGCCACCAAGAGCUCAACAUAUGUGGUAACUCCUUCAAGACAAAAAGCAUUCCGGGUGAAGCUGGUUAAGAGAAUGCCAAGAGUGUGCAAAACUGUCAAGGCAAAGGGUGGCUACUUUGAAGAAACUAAUUUUGAUUUAACACUUUUGGUUACUACAUGAUUCCAUGUAUAUUAUUUCAUAGUUUUAAACGUCUUCGCUAUUCUACAAUGACAGUACAAAUAAAGAACCCUUGAAUUA